AUGAACCCGGACAAACCACCGCUUGUCUUCCUCCAAGUCUGUCGAGAAUGGCGCGAGGUCGCGCUGAAUACACCCGAAUUAUGGGCCGAACUUUACCUCCCAACGCCUCCGAAGACGCGCGACGCGUAUAAAAGCCUGCGGUCUGCCGUCCGUACAUGGCUGGCCCGCUCAUCGGCUAGACCUUUAUCUCUCUAUCUGAACACGGACGCUUGUCGUAACUGGUUCAAUCGUCACGAUGAGGCUUUUCAAGAUAAACAAGCAACACUAGCUCCCUCCUACCUCGACGUUCUUCUGAAACAUUCUACCCGAUGGCAACGAGCAGAGCUCUUCCUACCCAACUAUCGGACCAGAAAGAGCGUUUCUUUGUUCCCCUUCCCUCUUCUUACACAACUUUAUAUCGCUCUACCGUACGAAAUGCCCGAGGCCGAAGAUUCUGUCCUCGUCAAGUCGCUAUUUUCCGCGCCACAUCUCCAGGAUCUCACCCUCGACUACGCCUUCACCCAGAACAUGGUUCUGCCCUGGUCUACGCUGAAGACUCUUCGUCUCAUUUUCGAUCGCACGAACGCGCCCAGUCGUGGAGUGGACGAUGAAGACCGUUUUGAAUUAGUGCCGGCUGUCUACGUCUCAUGGUUCGCCAACGGACUCUCGCAGGCUUCGCAUCUCGUCAGGCUUGACCUCUACCUGGACUUUUACGAAGUUUACCCGCUAGAAAUUGACAUCGCCGUAACGCUUCCUCGACUCGAAUAUCUCCGUAUUACCGGCGGGGGCUGGUCCCAGGAAGAAGAGUUGAGGGUGCCUCUACUCAGGUUGAUCACAGCACCUCAGUUGAAGGUCUUACACAUUCCCCCGAUAGAUUAUCCAUUUUGGGAACCAGAAUACACGGAGGCAGUCUCGAUAUUCCUCGGUCAUUGCUCUUCAUCCUUGCGAAAACUUAACGCGUGUUGUAUGCCUAGUUCCGAACUCGUGGCCAUCCUUCCAAGUCUUUCCGCUCUCGAGUCUAUCACCAUAGGUACCUAUAGCCGUCCGAUCGUUGAGGACCUCGUCAACGCCCUCACAUGUCGCCCACCCUCUUUUGGAUCUUCCUCAUCCGGAUCAAACUCACGCCUACGACAUAUUGCCUUUGGUGACACUCGAUCCGAUUCGAACAACUCUCGGACUCUCGACAAGGCCGUUGCAGACAUGCUCAUCUCGCGCUUGCAUCCUGCGUCAAGUUUGUCGGAUUGUACGGAUGGCGAUGAUCGCUGUUGUCACCCUCUUCAAAAAUUUUGUUGGUACGCAAUGUACCGGCGAGAUAGGUUCACCGAAUAUUCGCGCUUGGAGGCGGAUCGCAUCUUCGCCCACAUUGGCUCUGAAACCUCGUUCAUCCUUGACGACAGGUCAGAUAGUGAGGAACCUUUGAUCAUGCGGAUCCCUUCGACACCACCGAGCGGAGAUGAUGCAGAUUCAGCGGUAGAAGGCGAAGUAUCCAACGAUCCAGACUUCGUGGCUUCCAUUUCCAAAGACCAACAAGCUGGUGUCUCGGUCAAGGAUGUGGCAAAAGAUGAAGUCAGCGCUACCGUCGAAGAGUCGCCAUAUGAUCCCAUCGCCCCCACUGCUGUCGAAGAGGAUGGGUGCGGCAAGUGGGACUUUCUCUAGAGUACAAUUACUAGAGAGCACAUUCUAUGUUGAAUUUGGACACCAUUGC